GUACUGUGUAGCCACGGACACCUGCAAGAAGCCGGAGAACUGCUCGCAGUGCCCGGGCAAGGCGGAAGCCAACGAGGAGGCUCACCUCUGUGCCGGCAAGCCUGUGGAGAAGGCAUCAUUGACCUUCCAGGAUGCCGACAUGGACGAGCACCAGCUCAGCGGGGAGGUGAAGAUUCAUAAGGCCAGGAAUGACUUCGACGUGGACACCUACGCCGUGUACUGGGGCAAGAGCGACACCGCGAAGCUUGAGUCCGAUGGGAAGGAGCUUCUUCUGGGGGAGGUGAAUGCGGCCGGGACCGACCUGGAGCUGAGAAUUCCAGCGAACAGCAAAAUCCCGGAAGGUGCCACGCACCUUCUGGUCUUUUCCCGCAACGCCUACGGGGAGUACUCGAGCCCGGGCUCCGCGCUGCUGCGCGAUGCGGCGCUGCCCAAGGCAAAGCCGGGCGGCCUCCUGUUCGAGGACGAGGAUGGCGGCAAGGACAUGGUCCGGGGCCGCAUCACCGUCCUGAGAGCAGCAGACGAGCAGAAGAUCUCGGAGUAUUCGCUGCACUGGGGCAAAUCUGCGACCAGGAAGACAGCCCAGAACUCUUUCAUUAGCGAUGUCAGGAAAGAGGAAGGCAAGGAUGUCUCGCACUGGCUAUCCUCGCAGAAGCCGCCGGACGGCGCUUCGUACGUGCUGGCGUUCUCCAAGAACGAGUUCGGCGAACAUCCUUCGCCGGUGAGUCUGCAGGUUGUGGACAAGACCAAGGCCUGCAUCAGACCAGAUGAGGAGAGCUGUCCUCAAGGAGUGCAGGUCUCUGCAGACGAGGACCCUGACCCGAAGCAGGUCAAGGCCAAGGUGACAAUCACCCCGGCCAAGUCCGAGGAAAAGAUCGACAGGUAUAGGCUUUUCUGGGGCAAGCAGCCCUGCGGCGAGCCGUCCAGUGCCAAGAAUGGCCACAUCCGAGAUGUGCGCAAAGAUGACACUAUGGAGGUGGAGCUGGCCGCAGACACGCCGGUGCCAGACGGCACCACCCACAUCUUGGUGUUUGCCAACUCGCCGGCGCUGGGCGAGUCGGAUUUUUGCGUCUCGGCACCCUUCCAGGACGACCAGCAGAAGUCCGAGAAGGAGCUUUGACAGGUUGGAUGACAGGAAGAGCAUUCCUCGCAGUGACGACGUGUGCUUCGAUGAGCCCGUUUGGGUGCGUUUAGCUCCCUGCAUUGUGUGUAGAUGCAGAGGUGAAAUUGUAAACCGUAUUUAUACGGGCAUGCCAGUACAUAGACAUAUACAGGACA